CUCGGCCUCAAGCGUUGUUCUUCGGCAAUCACGUUGUGCCCGCCAUGGUCAGCGCCAAGCGGCCCGCCCCGGAGCCUGCCGCCCACUCGGCGGUCAACAAACGUGCCGACAUCACCGCCGUACCAGCCUAUGUCCCCACGCCACCGAUCAAGCUCUCCCUGGCUGUCCACGGCGGAACAGUGGCGCCGCUUCUGCCUCCCCGCAUCCAUUCGCAGCCUUCGCCAGCCCUGCAGCAGCAGAACGCGGUGCGGUUGCAAGCGGCUUUCCGUGGCCUCGCCGCCCGGGGGCGCGGCCUUGCUGCGCGCGCCCGUGCGCGCAGCGAGGCCGGGCGUGCCGCCGCGGCAUCCGCACGCACGGCCGAGGUUGCAGCGCGUGCUCGCUCACCUGCCUACCGCGACCUGCGACGCCGCUGCAGCGGGCUGGACGUGGAGGCGCUGGCGACGGUGGACACGGAGCUCGAAGCACUAGUCGGACUCGCUCCGCUCAAGGCGCUGUGCGCCUCCCUGCGGCGGGACGCCCUGGCGCGUUCAGCUGUCGGCGACACGGCAGACGUGCGAUGCGUUCUGAUCUCCGGCGCCGUUGGGACGGGCAAGAAGACGGCAGCGACGCUCAUCUGCCGUCUACUCCGCGCCCUCGGUGUCGUGCGCGGCUCCGUCACCACGGAGACGACACUCGACCAAAUGGUCCUCGACGUUCGGCACGACGCCUCCGCGGCCACCAAGCAGAAGGCCGACGCCGUGCUCCGCAACUUUCCGACCCACUGCUUUGUGUUCGUUGGCUCGGCUUCCGACGUGGAGGCGUUGCAUGGCGGCGUCGGGCACUUCCGGCGGCGCGAGCCGUCGCGGCUGGCGCUGCCAAGCUACGCGCCGGCGGAGAUUGCGUCCAUGGCGGCCGUGCAGCUCCUCGAGGCAGGCUACUCCCUCGCGCCAAACGUCGGACGCCGCUCGCUCGAAGCCGCGCUCCUCUCGACGUGGCCUCGGGCUGACAUACAGGGCACACACGGUUGCUCCGCCAGCCAGCAGAUAGAGCUGGAUGCUGCGUCCACGGAGCCGGACCUCCGACUCGACGCGGCGCACGGCCUCGCGUCGCUGGCGGAGCAGCGGCGGGCGGUGCGGGCGGAGCUGCAGGCACUCACGGGGAUGGCGCCGCUCAAGGCAUUCCUCACGCAGCUGGAGGCCAAGGUGGAGUACGUGGCACGCGGCGGCGACCCGCGCCUACUCGAGGGCUGCCUCAACAUCGACGUCUUCGUCGAGCGGAACGCCCUCGAGUUCAAGGGGACGCACAUCGGGACCCUUCCCUCCACUGUCUUGGAACUGUCCUAUAGGAACGCCCUCGAGUUCAAGGGGACGCACAUCGGGACCCUUCCCUCCACUGUCUUGGAACUGUCCUAUAGGAACGCCCUCGAGCUCAAGGGGACGCACAUCGGGACCCUUCCCUCCACUGUCUUGGAACUGUCCUAUAGGAACGCCCUCGAGCUCAAGGGGACGCACAUCGGGUGGACGUGCCCGCAGGUCAAAGAGAUGGUCGCCGCGUCGAUGGGCGGCUGCCUCUUCCUGGACGAGGCGUACGCACUCUCCGGCUCGCGUGACGGCGACCGAGGCGACUCGUUUGCCGACGAGGCGCUUCGCACGCUGCUGACGGAGCUCGAAAACAACCGCACCUCGCUCUGCUGCGUCCUUGCCGGCUACCCGGAGGCGAUGGAGCGGCUGCUGCGGGCCGACCCCGGCCUGCUGCGCCGCUUCCCGCACAUCCUGCGCCUCGACGACUAUGCGCCCGGGGAGCUGGCCGCCAUCGCCGCCUCGACGGCCCAUGCGCGCUACGGCCUCCGCCUCGCGGACGGCGUGCAGGAGGCACUUGCCGAGCACAUCGCCCGUGAGCACCGCGCCGACAUCCCGAGGCGCAACGCCUCCCUCGCCGUCGGCGUCGUCGAGGCUGCCAUGAACCGCCUCGC